AUGGUUUUUCUUUUUUCAUAUCGGAUUUGUACUUUUCUAUUUCACAUAUCGGAUCUCAGUCUUAAAACUUUUGCUUCGGUGACUUUUCUUGCUCCCAUGACGAUGAGAGAACUCAAGCAUGGCUCCCAUGAAUGCGUGUUUACUUCUCCGGAGACUGUACAAGAUGGGAUCUGCAACAUUUGCUUCAAAGAUGAAGAUGUCGAGUUCACAUGCAUCCCUUGUAACUUCGAUCUAUGCAAAAGUUGCUCCAACUUACCUCAGAAGGUGUCACACGAAUUUCACUCGGAGCACCCUCUUGAGUUUUGUCUCCGGAAGCUUGAUCAGAAACCUGAACACAUCAUCUGCUCUGGAUGCGGAACCAUGUCUUCAAACUCCUUCUACAAGUGCAAAGAAUGUGAGAUCUACCUUGAUCUUGAAUGUGCACUCUUGCCGAACAUUUUCAGAAGCUGGGAUCUCAAAGAAAAGCUCCAUUACAGCCAUGUUCACUUGCUUAACCGGUGUAGACCAGGUCUUGACGCCAGAGGAUCUUGUUUGUUGUGUGAGCUUCCACUCUCUCCCUCCGUGGUAUGUUACGGCUGCGUUCAUUGUUACUCGUUUGUUCAUGAGCACUGCAUUGAUGAUCUUAUCAUUGAGAUUCAACAUCCUGUGCAUCCGGCACACCCUCUCAGACCCCUUGAUUACAUUCAACAUUGUAAUCCUGGAGUAUCUUGUGGUGGAUGUGGAUACAAGAUCCGCACGGUCCCUAUUGGUUGUUUAGAAUGCAAAUUCUAUCUUCACUUGAGGUGUGCUGAUUCUUUGUUGCGAGGUCUAACCCAUAACUCUCAUCAUGACCACAAAUUGUUUUAUGUAGCUACUAGUGCUAAAAACGUCUUUAGAGAACAUCCAUGUGGGAUAUGCAAGAAAAGAGAUGUUAUCUCUCUCAAAUCUUAUUAUCACUGCGUUGAGUGUAGUUUGAAGUUUCAUUUUGAGUGUCUUGAUAUACCUCUGUCUUUGGUAAAGAAAAAUUUCCACAUCCAUCCACUUGUUUGCGGAAUUUUUCUUGCUAAUGAUGAUAAUUAUUCUUUAGAAUAUUGUGGCGUUUGCGAGACAAUAGUACAUGUAGGACAUCAUGCUUAUUCUUGCAAUGAAUGUGAUUUCUUGGCCACAUCGAAUGCAUUUUACGAAACACCAUCGCCAUUGUAUUUGAAAGAUCUAUAUUCUUGUGACAAAGACAAUGCAAGAGGAAAGAAACAAGAAGACUGUGAAACCAACAAGUUUGAAAACAAACUCAUGGUUAAUGAUGUUGGACAUAUUCAUAUCCUGAAAUCGAUCAAAGUGAAAGAUACAAAAUGCACAAUAUGUUGUGAAAAGAUAUUUGGUAUCUCAUGGGACUGUGAGUCAUGUGAGUUCAAGGCACAUGAUUACUGUGCAAAUCUGGGCCAGCCAUCAAGGCAUCGACUUCAUAUCAACCAUGAUUUGAUACUCCUGCCAAGUUAUCCUACAUGGUUUAUUAUGAAUUGUGAUACAUGCAGAGAGAAUAUAAAUGGUUUCAAUCUCUUCUGUCGCAUAUGCAAUUUAAUCACUUGUAUAAAGUGUGUUGCAAGAUUUAAUCAGCUUCUUGGAGUGUUGCAUAAGGGGCAGAAAGUCAUUGGAACCACAGAAGAAAAAUGUUCAACAUAUAAGCAUGAUCUGUUUCAAGUUAUGGUAUCUAGGUCGUAUCCGGUUGCUUGCACUAUUUGUGAUCAGAGACUGUGUGGGAAAGUUUUGUCAUGUAUGCAGUGUGGAGAGAUAUAUCAUCCUCGUUGUAUUGAAGUUUGGAGUCUAAGGCUAUACAGCCAUCCUAAGCACUCUUGUCACACACUUUUUAUGAGAUUGAUACGUGGAUUCAAGUGCACUGCGUGCAAGCUGGAUAUUGCAAAGUAUGGUCUUUCUUGCGGCGAUUGUAAUGUCGGUUUUCAUAUUGAAUGCAGCGAAGGAGUUGUAUCAGAGAAGAACAACGUUCACAAUCAUACUUUCUAUAACUUUUGGAUUGGUGACUCGAGGGUGGCUCCAGCUUGUAGUGUGUGCGGUAGAUCUUGUGGUGCGUCUUUCUACGGCUGUGUUUAUUGCAACUUCUGCGCCCAUGGAGAGUGUCUUGGAUUUCCAGCCUUUGUAAAGUCCCAAAAGCAUCAACAUAAGCUCUCUGAAAUCCAUCACUGGGACAGGAACCGGUGUGCUGUUUGUAGAUUAAGUUGCUACGGUAAGAGCUACUCCUGCUUCUACUGCAAGGAACUGUUUCAUCAGAAGUGCAUAAUGUCGAUGGAUGAUCGUGAAGCUGCAACUGAAGAAAAACAGCUUGGAGAUAUCUAUUUUAUGUACAUUGAGCGCCUUCUCUUAGACACAGGAGGUGACACAAUGAACAUGAACAUUGAUGAAGAAAACGGUUUGGUGUUACUGGGAUCUUUGCUUCCAGCUCAAGACAAUCGUAUUUAUGUGGUGUAA